AUGCGUGAACAAUGGGAACUGCCACUUCCUGAACUGAUUAUAUCCGUGACAGGUGGUGCCAAAUUCUUUCAAUUAACACCACCACGAGAUUCUCAAUUGGAUAGUGCUCUGAGUGAUGCACUUCGACAUGAGUCUGUUCAAUUUGUCGAACUUCUAGUUGAACAAGGUGCUUCAUUUGAUCGUCUGCGUCGAAUAAUUAAGAUUGAUGACUUAUAUAAAACAAAAAAUGGCUUACCAUUGUCACGAAAAAGAAAAGCCAUACUUUGUGAUAGACAACGUGCGUAUUAUGAAGAAUAUUUAAACAUAGAAGCAUCGAGAAUAACAUCUCAUACAAGCACUACUUACGGUUCCAUCGUUGGUUGUUGUCACGAAGAUAUUACUCUGAAUGGCAAGGUUGUUUUUAACCAGAACGAUGCUGUUCGUUAUAAUGGCUAUGUUAACCAAAUCAUAAUUGGAUUUUCACAAACACACAGCGUGUUUGAAUCAUCUUACAGUAUUGAUCUUUAUAUAAUUUCUCCGACUAUGCAAUCGGGCUCUUUUCAAAUCCUUGAUCGUCGUCAAAUAAAUAGAGAAAAUACUAAAACAAACACGAAUGAAUUCAAAUUUGAUCUACCUGAUUCGACAAUAUACCUUGAGUCAGGACAAUAUUUAGCCGUUGGUUUCAAAGAAAAUAGUUCUGUCAUACCAAAAUGUUUUGUUGGAUAUCAUUCUUAUUAUUCAUUUAAUCUCGAUGUAGUCAAUAAAGCCUAUUCGGACAAUAAGACUAUUGUAUUCGACAAAUAUAAUCGACUAAGUGUAGCCAUCAGUUUUCAAUUGGUUCCAACUUCAGGUAAAACCAUUGUUUUGUGA